UUGCCAUCUUGCGCUGGUGAAACCUUCCCUACGAACAGGACAUCUGUGAGGUGACGAUGCGGCAGGGCAAGUGCCAACGUCGAGUCCUCCAUCCCACUUCCAGUCCCCCAUCCCACUUCCAGUCCGUCUCUUCUUCCUUUUCUUCUUUACACUCACUCGCUACGGGUACCCGAUAACCAUUUGCCUAGGUAGUUUGGCCUUCUAUUAUACCAACCUAGCUUUACACUCCGCUUUCCUGGAUUGACAGAGAAAGAUGGCUUCCGGCCUACCGGGCGACUUUGUCCCCGAAUCUCUCCCCAUAUCUCUCCCCGUGUCUCCCGAGUCUCCCGAGUCUCCCGAGUCUCUCGAGCCUCCCGAGUCUCCCGAGUCUCCCGAGUCUCCCAAGUCUUCGGGGCCCGAGGGGUCUUCACCCGGAGCUAAUAAGCAGGUUGUCCGUCAUGAGGUUGUCAAGGCGGAUCCUAGCCGCUACAUGGAGAUCCAUGCCGUGCGCUGCACCCAUAACGAUUUCCUAUUCGAAGACGUCCCCCAGCCUGUUAUACACCAAACAGGUUCCAGGCCUGCCGAGCAUCUCACCGGUCUCAUGCCCAUCACCUCGGUGAGCGAAUUUCUGCAAUCUCGCCCUGGCUGGGCGUUUCUUGUGGUCUUCUACCACUUGUGUGGCUAUAGCUACAACACCGCUCCCAGACACCAACUUGGGGAGAUCAUGCCCGUCUCGACAAGCUUGCACAAGACCUUCAAGCGAGUGACCAAGUACCGUCGUUCCUCGAUGGAUCCUCCUUUCCUCCGGCCGCCAGUCUCAAUUGGCAGUCACGCGCCAGUCUCAAUUGGGAGUAACUCGUACGGCGAGCCUCAACUGUACUCCAAAACGUUCCUCUACCACCAUCGCGAAGCGCUGAAUGACGCUGGCGGCCAAGGAAAGAGGCGGGAUGAGGUGGAUGCCCUUCUAAGGUAUCUGGCCCUGGCACCGGUCUUUGGCGGCCAGUUCGACCUGUGCGAUCGGGAGUUUGCGAGCCGAUGGGUCUCUCGCGACACGCUCGAGUACCUUUUCUGCCCACAUGAGCCCCUCGUAAUCUCAUCUGUCGACAGUGCGGGCGAGGUCCAUCACUCGGCAGUCAUUCUGGGAAAGGUGUCCAAGGAUCUCGAGUCUGGUGAAGUCAAGCUUGUUUGUUGGCAGUGGGCAUAUUGCUCGGUGGAGCUUUGCCGUCGCAUGAAAGUGUUGACAGUAGCCGCCACCAGGGACAGAUGUCCCAUAACUGACUUGCCCGCGUACCCCCUGAAAUACGCCUCUGAUGAGAUAAAGCAGCAGCUCGCCAUCAGGGGCCAGAAAUUCUGGGACAUGGUGAGACGCCCUGUUCAAGUGGAGUACAGCGGGUGGGACGCGAAUCGGGGCGCUCUUCAUCCUCCUGGGUCCAGAUUCAUGAUCGACUACCACACCUUCCGGCAGUUUCAAGGGGAAGCCGAAGCGUUCAACUUCGACCCCGACGAAUACGGACGAGAGGUCAAGGACCCGUACGAUCCUUACCCUAAAUCGAUCCCCAAUAGUCAGGCAAACUUGAUAUUCCAUAUUACCACUCAUCUUCCGCCGGAAAUCUACGGCUACCGAUUGCAAGGGGGCGCUCAUGAGUGGAUUCCCCUCAAAGUCUCCCAAAUAGUAUCCAGUUUCAAGAAAAGCGAUAUGCCCGCGUUUGACCGACCUUACCUUGAUGAAGUUGCGUCGAAAAUGCUUUCCAUCAGCAUGGAUCGCACCAUGAAGCUACGCCGCCCCGUUUCUCGCCACAACGGCCCCCUGAUUCUACAUCUGCGCGGCCGCCCAGGCACAGAUAAGACGGCGAUGGCUUUGGCUUUGGCUGACCAGGUGGGCGUGCCGCUGGUUCCGGUGCGGUUGAGUGGGCUCGGCAGCUUGGACGGCCUGUUUGAAAGGCUGGAGGCGUUCCUGCAGCGGGUGGUCCACGCCUAGCAAGCGAUGUUGCUGCUGGACGAAGCCGACUUCUUGUCUGGGGGCCAGCUUGUCGGGUCGGGCUCCGUGGACAAGGAUAUCAUCGCGUCCUUUUUCAGCAUGGUCAUAUAUCGGUAUCCCGGCGUGGUGGUAUUGAUGAGCAGCCUCGAUUACACUGUGCCCAAAGUGCUGCAGCACUUCGUCGCCAUGACUGCCAAUCUCGAUGAGGAGGUGUC